AUGACCAUCAUCCCCUAUCCCCUUUUUACCAGGAAGAGGCAAACUAUUCAGCGAAGAUUCUCCCUCAUCCCCCUCAUUCUGAAACUAAACACACCCAUGAAAUUGAGUGAGUAUAUAUUAUUACAGGGAUUAUUGUCAUUCAAAGAUAUCUCUAUGGAGUUCACUUGGGAAGAAUGGCAGCUUCUGGAUUCUGCUCAGAAGUACUUGUACCAAGAUGUGAUAUUGGAAAACUAUAACAACCUCGUAUCAGUGGGAUAUCAUGGUAGCAAGCCUGAUUUAAUCUUCAAGUUGGAGCAAGGAGAAGAGCCAUGGACAUUAAAUGGCAAACUGUCCCGUCAGAACUAUUCAGAAGGCUGGGAGGAAUGGUACUGGCAAAACCAAGAUGCGCUUCAGAGUAUUGAGAAAGGUGAUGUUUGCAGUGCAUUGGGAGAACUUCAUUUGAGUACAAAUCAUGUUUCUUCAGCACAAAGACUUGCUAAGGAUACCACAUGUGGAAAAAAAUGGACACAAAACUCAGGUUCAUCCAUAAACUAUGUAAAGAAGAAUCCUGAUAAGUUUCAUGAAUAUGAAGAAUCAUACUUUCUUAAGCAUCCCAGUAUUCAUACAUUAGAAAACAACUGUGUAUGUAGUGAAUGUGGAAAAGCUUUCCGCUGUAGAUCACAGCUCGUUGUACAUGUCAGAGUCCAUACAGGAGAGAGACCUUAUGAAUGCACUAAAUGUGAAAGAGCCUUCAGUGCUAAGUCAAAUCUUAACGCCCAUCAGAGAGUCCAUACAGGAGAAAAACCCUACACAUGCAAUGUAUGUGGAAAAGUCUUCUCUUUCCGGUCACAGCUCAUUGUCCAUCAGGAAGUUCAUACAGGAGGGAAGCCCUAUGGCUGCAGUGUGUGUGGGAAAGCCUACAGUUGGAAAUCACAGCUCAUUUUACACCAGCGAACUCACACAGGAGUGAAACCCUAUGAAUGUAGUGAGUGUGGGAAAGCUUUCAGUUUGAAGUCACCAUUUGUUGUACACCAGAGAACUCAUACAGGAGUGAAACCCCAUAAAUGUAACGAAUGUGGGAAAGCCUUCAGGAGUAAAUCAUACCUCCUUGUACACAUCAGAAUGCAUACAGGAGAGAAACCGUAUCAAUGCAGUGACUGUGGGAAAGCCUUCAGUAUGAAGACACAGCUUGUUGUACAUCAGGGGAUUCACACAGGAAAUAAUCCGUACCAAUGCAGUGAAUGUGGGAAAGCUUUUGGUAGGAGGGAACAACUUACUGCACAUCUGAGAGCUCAUGCAGGAGAGAAGCCCUAUGGAUGUAGUGAAUGUGAGAAAGCUUUCAGCAGCAAGUCAUACCUUGUUAUACAUAGGAGAACGCACACAGGUGAGAGACCUUAUGAAUGCAGUUUCUGUGAGAGAGCAUUUUGUGGGAAAUCACAGCUCAUUAUACAUCAGAGAACUCACUCAACAGCAAAGCCAUAUGAGUGCAAUGAAUGUGAAAAAGCUUAUCCUAGGAAGGCAUCACUCCAGAUACACCAAAAAACUCAUUCAGGCGAGAAACCUUUUAAAUGCAAUGAAUGUGGAAAAGCCUUUACUCAGAAGUCAUCCCUUAGUGAACACCAGAGAGUUCAUACGGGAGAGAAACCGUGGAAAUGCUCUGAAUGUGGGAAAUCCUUCUGUUGGAAUUCAGGACUUCGUAUACAUCGGAAAACUCACAAGUGAGAAAUCAGAAUAAUGAAGUGAAUGUUAG